UGAGGAACACAGAGAGGGAGGAAGAAGAAGAAGCAAAAGAUCGAUUCUGCAAUAUAGUUUGAUUUCGUCUAAGUCAUACUCAUGGCAAACCACGUUGAACUUUCAGCCCUCAAUCGUAUAAAAUUGCAUCUUCUAGGUGAACUGUCUCCUGUUGGCACUUUCUCCAGUGGCCGUAGCAGUUCAGCGAGCGAUGCAACCCAACAAUUCUGGUUUGGUGAGUCAAACGGAGCAAUUUCCAGCUCUAACUCUGACUCUCUCUGUCAAUCAUCGAGCUCUGAAUCUUCUCUCACUGUGUCCGAUUACCUCCCUGAGCUAUUCGAAUUUCCAUCCAACUCCUCUAAUCUAUUUGAGUUCGAGUUCAAAAAUCAAGUCUUUGACCUCUCAACGCCUAAAUUCGAGACCGAAACUUCACGAUUUGACGCCAAUUUUUCCCAAUUCGAAUCAAACUCACAGGCAACAUCAAGCUCUGGCUCACAGCCCAGCAGUUGCAUGUUUGAGUUUCAAACUAGACCCCAAAGCGUCGAGAAGAGACCUCAUUCCAAUCGGAAAACAUCUCUGCAAAUUACGCUACCCAAAAAAACCGAGUGGAUCCAAUUUGGAAAGACGGAUCAACAACAGGAGGUUUCAGAAAUGUUCGAGCAGAAUAAUUCAAACCAUGAAGAGAAAAGGCACUACAGAGGGGUCCGACAGAGACCUUGGGGCAAGUUCGCAGCCGAGAUCCGGGACCCGAACAAACGUGGAUCUAGGGUGUGGCUCGGAACAUUCGACACAGCGAUCGAAGCCGCAAAAGCCUACGACCGAGCCGCGUUUAAGCUUCGAGGCUCAAAAGCCAUUCUCAAUUUCCCCCUCGAAGUAGCGACCUCCGAUUCGACGGACGGCACGGAGGAGAAAAAACGCCGGCGGGAAGAUGAUGAGGCGGAGGCUGAAAUGGAAGUGAAACCAGUGGUGAAGAAAGAGAAAACGACGGAAUCUGACGUGGGAAGGAUGAGGGAUAUGCCGUUAACGCCGUCAACGUGGAUGGGAUUCUGGGAGAACGAUUUGAAGGAUGUAUUCCCAGUCCCGCCGCUAUCACCGUUAUCUCCACAUCCGCCUUUGGGCUGUCCGCAGCUUAUGGUUGUAUGAAAUAUUGAAAUUAAGAGCAAUUUUUUGCCCAGGAAAAAAAAAAAGAGCCAUUGUACAAUUUGAUGUUGUUAGUAAGCAAUGUUAAUUGAUCCAAUUUAUUUGAUUUUUGGUGACAAAUUACCACUAUUCAUGUUC